AUGGCAACUCUGGAGUAUGUCGAAAUACCAUCCUACGCGACCCGGCUGCACUCCAAUGUUCCCAAUCAUGAUAUCCGCCCUGCUACCAAGAUCGUGACGUCUCUCCCUCAUCCAGAACGUGCUACCGUCAGCUUAUCCUCUCCUCCGACCUCCCAGCCAGGCUCCCCCUCUGUCUUCAACAUGCCGCAGAUGCUCCUUUCGUCUGCUCUACAGCUCCCCGCAAAUGUACCAGCGACCCCCCGCAAUACCGGGAAUGCAAGCCGCCUCAUAACCACCCGCGAUCCGCUGUCUAUUCCCAUUACAACCGUCAACUUCAAGCGCUUCGUCGCAAAGGCUGGGCCGGUUUUCUGGCUGCAAGACCGCUUUGAGGAGAUCCUCAUGUGGAAGAAGGGGUGGAAGUAUACGCUAGUAUGGAUGGCUGCCUACGCAUUCCUGUGCUGUUUUCCUCGCAUGAUACUUCUGCUCCCCCAUGUAGCCCUGCUAAGCGUGUUGCUCGCCACUCAUCCAUCCCUUCGUAAUCCAUCGACCUGUGAUGAUCUGGACGAUGAUGUUGCUAAUGGCAUCGCUUCUUCGAUGCCACCUCAAAGCGGUGAAGGUAGUGUCGCCUGGCUCGCGAAUAUGCAAGCUAUCCAGAACUUCAUGGGUGCUUACUCCGACGUCUACGACUUCCUCCUUCCCGCUGUUCCACAUCUCACGCACGGCACGCCCUACACACCGAUCCUCCUCUCCCUCACGGUCAUCUCGAUUCUCCUCGUCCUCCCACUCGUGGCGUUCCUCCCCCUGCGCCCGACAUGCCUCACCCUCGGCAUCGCACCCUUCCUCGUCACGCACCCCCUCACACGCACCCUCCUCCCCGGGUUCCGCGGCGCCCUAGUGCGCCUGGACGCGCGCGCCGUUCGCGCGGCAGAUGACGACCGGCUGCAGGAUCGCCACUGGCGCGCAGAGAUGCGCGAGGUCGAGCUGUGGGAGAACGAGCGCUGGCGUCCCGCCUCGAGCUCCAGCACGGGUGCGGGCGCGGCGGAGGACGGGGGCGCAGGCGCGAACGCGGGGUGGGGUAAGGCGAACUUGCGGCCCGCGGAGCGCCGCGCAUGGACGCGCGGGCGCGACGGGUGGAGCGGGGUCGCGGACGACGGGAGCGGGGACGUCAGCAGCAACCUGACGUUUUCGCUGUCGGACGGGUGGUUCUUUGUCGAGACGGAGGACUGGCGGCCGGAUGUCGAGGGCUCGUGGAUCGAGACUGGGUCGGAUGGUAACGGGUGGGUGUAUACGAAUGACUCGUGGCAGGACCCGCAUCCCACGCCUGUGGAAGAAUGGCGCGCGCAGAGGUUGACAAGACGGCGCCGGUGGACGCGGAGGAUCUAUUACGACCCCGCCUCGGCUGUAUGA